AUGUCUCAAAUCGCGCAACCGGUUACUGUUUCCUUGAACGAUCUCAAGGAGGGCAACAUCCCAUUUGAGACUCUCAAGGAGGCUUUUGGUCCUGACUCUCUGGGAAUCUUGGUCGUUAAGGACGUGCCAUCCGAAUUUGCUCACUUGAGACAUCAAACUUUAUCUUACGCCUCUUAUCUGGGCAACUUGCCAGAACAAGAAUUGGCCAAGCUAGAGAAUGUCAAGGCCAAAUACCUGACUGGGUGGUCUUUGGGCAAAGAGACUCUCAAGGAUGGCCAGGUAGAUACUUUUAAGGGUUCAUACUACGCCAAUUGCGCAUUUUACGUCGACGCAACUCUUGACUGCGCCAAGCCCACGGCCGAGUUCAACGAGGAUAACUUCCCCGAAUAUCUGUCGCCCAAUGUUUGGCCGGCUCAGGACGUCCUCCCAGGAUUCAAGCCCAGCCUUGAAAGCCUGUGCAGGGUCAUUAUUGAUACGGCUGUUCUCGUCGCGCGCGCCUGUGACAGGUUUGCCGAGACGGAGAUUCAGGGCUACCCGAAGGGAUACCUCGAGCACGUCGUCAGCACGUCCAACACCACCAAGGCUCGCCUGCUGCACUACUACCCGCAGACACAGGCGGACCUCGACAAAAUCGGUGCCACAGACGAUUCGUGGUGCGCCGAGCACCUCGACCAUGGCUGCCUCACUGGCUUGACAUCCGCCAUGUUCAUCGACGAGAAGGAGACAUCACCAGCGGUGCCCGAGAUCACCAACGAGACAUCGGCAAGCCUGCCGCCACUGGCUGAGCUCCCAGCUUCCCCCGAUCCGACAGCUGGUCUUUACAUCCGCUCACGCACUGGAGAGACUGUACAGGUCAAGAUCCCGCGUGACUGCAUCGCCUUCCAGACAGGAGAGACUUUGGAACGGAUCACGGGCGGGAAGUUCAAGGCUGUGCCGCACUUUGUAAGGGGCGUUAAGGCGGCCGUGAGCGACGGCCGUGUUGCACGUAACACGUUGGCCGUCUUCACCCAGCCCAACCUCGGCGAGGAGGUCGACAUGAAGCAACACAUCAACUUUGGCGAGUUUGCCAGAGGUAUUGUGGCUAAGAACACGGUUUCGUAA